AUGCCAUUCCACUACCUGUCUUCUCCAGGAGCCUUUGUUCCUGCGUAUCCAGCCAGUCCUCAACGCAAUGGCUUUGAUUUUAUGCCAAGUCCCACGUUUACAGGUUUAAGCGAACUGCACGGGGUGCGACUGCUGGAUCCAGCUUCACAGACAAUGUGUGUUGGCUUCUUUUCAGGAUUCACGACUCCAGCGACUCUUAUCGCGGGCACAAGCUUUGCCGCUCUCUUUGCUCUUUCUAAAAGAGUGAAAGAUACGAGUUUUCGCACACGGCGGGAAAUCAUGUGCUUGCGAAUGUAUCAUGUUUUCUCUCUACUGAGUCUUCUACUAAGCCUGAUGACAGUCCUCGGUUCUCAGGCCGCUUUACACUGCCUACUAUGUCCAAUAGCAAUGCCCAAAAAUGUUGCAGCUACGAGCAUCUACGAAGUUCUUCAGAGCACCAUGAACUUUGAAUUCCUGCUGACGAGGUGGAGCUUUAUCAUGUCUAUUCUCUGCUUUCUUCAAUGCACAUUCUUCCGAAUGGUCGUGGAGUUUGACCUGUUUUUCAAGAAAAGCAGACGCACAGCUGCAACGAUGGUCACAAGCGCGUUCAUGGGUAUUGGAUUAGCCCUUUUGGGAUACCUGGAUUCUUUUGAGUCGCUGGCUAAAUGGCCAAGUUUUUGGGAGAUGACUAAAGAGCUUGGAAUGAUCAUUUGGACAAAGAUUGAGGUAGAGCGUCAUCCCUUGCAAAUCGCAUCGCUGUCUUGUUUUUGCAUUGCGUUGUUGUCGCUUUGCAAGUUUUUGUUGCCAGGUUCGAUAGAGGAAGAGAAGCUUGCGGAUAAUGAGAGAUUCACAUGA